UAGUAAUUUAGCGUAUUUCCGUACGCUAAGCUAGAGCUAUUAGAGUAUAGUUUGAAACUGAUCUGGGUAAUUAGAAUUGUUCUACUCGAAAUCUAGUAAAUCAUGAUUCAAGCUCUUCCCAAAAUCAUGUAAAUGGAUUCCAAGUAAACCAUGAACACACCAAUCCAAUUUUCCUUCCACCCAUCUCAGACCAUCCAAGUGAUUCCGUGUUUUCGAGCCCUGGUUCGGAUGCAGAUACUAUUGACAUUAGUGAUUGCAAUCAUCCUGUGCUCAAGUACAUAAGUGAUAUUCUUUUGGAAGAAGAUUUGGAGGGUAAGCCCUGCAUGUUGCAGGACUGCUUGACCCUCCAAGCUGCUGAGAAAUCUUUCUAUGAUGUUCUCAAUCCAAAGGGCCCUCCUUCGUCCAGUCAAUCCCCUCUUCCGAUGUACCAAAGCUUUGAAAACUCACAUGAUGAUUUCACACAGUGUUGUCAUAGUAGUAAUGGCCGUGUUGCUGCUAGGACACACUCGGUAUCGAGUUCAGAAGCCUCUCAUGUCCAAUCUUGUCCGGUUGAGUCUUCAUCGGAUGCAUAGGGAGGAUAGCGAUUAUACAGAAGAAGGGAGAAAAAAACAGUCAGCUGCCUCUAAUGAUGGCCCUGAGCCACAAGAAUUGUUUGAUGAGGUUUUGCUCUGUCAGGAUGCGGACCACGAGUUUAAGUCUUGUUUUCACGAUCAAUAUGUCAAAACUGAUGCAAGUGGGAAGUUGCAGUGCAACAAGCAACCGAAAGUUUCUAAAGCAGCACGCUCAAAGACAAAGCAUAAGAACAGGGAAGUAGUAGAUUUGUGCACAAUGCUGACUCAAUGCGCACAAGCUGUGGCAAACCAUGACCAGCGAACUGCGAGUGAACUAAUCAAGAAGAUAGGGCAGCACUCUUCUCCCAAUGGUGAUGCAACCGAGAGAUUAGCUUAUUACUUUGCUGACGCCCUAGAGGUACGCUUGGCUGGCUCCAGCACCCCCUCGUAUUCUCCUCUUUUAAGUACACAGACACCAGCUACCGAAAUCUUAAAAGCUCACCAGGUGUAUGUUACUUCAUGCCCUUUCAAGAAGAUGUUGUACUUCUUCGCCAAUAGAACAGUUAUCAAACUAGCAGAAAAUGCUACGAGGCUUCACAUAAUUGAUUUUGGUAUUUCUUAUGGUUUCCAAUGGUCAUGCCUUAUCCAACGCCUCUCUAAGAGACCUGGUGGACCUCCUAACCUUCGUAUCACAGCAAUUGAGCUCCCCCAACCAGGUUUUCGACCCACUGAAAGGGUUGAAGAGACAAUGCAUCGCCUAGAAAAAUAUGCUGAGAGAUUUGAUGUCCCAUUUGAGUAUACUGUGAUUGCUCAGAAAUGGGAAACUAUCCGAUUUGAGGAUCUUAAAGUUGACAAAUAUGAGAUGAUUGUUGUUAACUGUAUGCGCCGGUUAAGGCACAUACCCGAUGAAACAGUCGCGGUGAGCAGUCCAAGAGACACUGUCCUAAACUUGAUCGAGAAAAUAAAUCCAGACCUUUUCAUUCACGGAGUUGUCAAUGGGACAUACAAUUCCCCCUUCUUUGUCACGCGGUUCAGAGAGGCGUUCUUCCACUACUCUGCGUUGUCUGAUACGUUUGAGGCUACUAUUCCUCGCGAAGAUGAACAUCGUCUAAUGUUCGAAAAAGCAAUAUAUGGUAGAGAUAUAAUGAAUGUCAUAGCGUGCGAGGGACUAGAACGAGUUGAAAGGCCGGAGACAUACAAGUAUUGGCAGGUUAGGUAUCACCGGGCGGGGUUCAAGCAGGUGCCCCUGGACCAGGAGCUCUUGAAGAAAGUGAAAGCCAUGCUGAAGUUGAUGCGUUAUCAUAACGAUUUUCGAAUAGAUGAAGAUGGCCACUGGAUGCUGCAAGGAUGGAAAGGAAGAAUCAUCAUUGCUCUUUCUGCUUUGAAGCCUGCUUAGGAGUUUCACAGUGUGAUGCCUAAAAUUUGUACUCUCCUUGAAUU